AUGAGUCACAACCGAUCAUUAUUUGACUAUUUUGUUAUUCGUCGCUCAACAAGUGUAUCUCAGAGUUAUAUAAGUGAGACUGUGACUCAAUCAGAACUCGACAUUUCCAAAGAGAAAAAGCCGAAGAAAAGUCUUGAGGACUAUGACUUUACUAUAAUUACACACCCAUUUUCAGUGCUUAAAAUUAAACCGCUCCAAACAACAAACCAGCCAACACCAAAAAAGAUUCAAAAAUUUUUGAAGCACAAAAAAGUGAAAACAAGACGAGAAAUUCUUUGUAAAGACAAAAACACGCGGAAGUUCAAAUAUUUAAAAUUUGACUGCACAAGUCGAGGAACGGAGAUAUGCAAAAACGUGUUUAUAGGAAGCGCACACGUCGCGUGUAACACUAACUGGCUCAAAGAGAAUAAAAUCAAAAAAGUGAUCAACGUGACGCCAAAUCUUGUGUGUUUCUAUGAGAAUAGAAGUAACGUGGAAUAUCACUACUUUCAACACCAAAUAGUUACUCUAAGAGUCCCUGUGAGAGACGAGUCGGACGCUCCAAUUGAAAUGUAUUUCGACGAGUUAAAACAACACAUCGACGAGGCAAGAAGUCAUAAUGAGAACGUCUUUGUACACUGCGAAAAGGGACUUAGUCGGUCUGCUUGUGUAAUUGUGGCUUAUUUGAUGAUGACUUAUCAAAUCAAUAUUAAAACAGCAGAAAAGAUAUUUAAAGAGAGAUUCUAUCGUAUUGCUCUACACAGCGGAUUUUAUCAGAAACUUAGUUUGUUGGAAGACCAAAACAAAACGCAAAAAUGUCAGAAGAGAAAAACUAGAAAAAGCGCCGAGAAGGUCAACGAAGAACUUGUGAAGUUUAUUAUCAACGAAAUGGAAAUGAAAAAAGUCGAAGAGUGA